GGUCUCGCCCUCCAGGCCCCUCCCACACACACUCUCUCCGGUCUCGGUGUACACGGAGCGGAUCUCUCAGGACUCCGGACAGCGGCUGUUCAGCACCCCGGACAGGGACGGAUCGGAGGUCACAUGGGCGGCCGGCUGUGAGGGGGCGGAGCUCCGGGCAGACUCUCAUCAUCUGAUACAAAGUAUCCUCACCGGGAACAUCGCAUCCGGUCCACCGACAGACCCCUCCCACAGGACAUGGCCGAGAGCAUUUAACAGCAAGUCAGCAAUCGCAAUGAAGUGGAUGCAUAACCUCCAGGAGAUGAGGAGAAGCGCCUCCCUGGCCUCCAAGGUCUAUGUGCAGAGGGAUUAUAGUGAAGGGACCAUGUGCCAGUUCCAGACCAAGUUCCCACCAGAGCUGGACAGUCGGAUUGAGAAGCAGCUGUUUGAGGAGACGGUGAAGACUCUGAAUAUGUUCUAUAUAGAGGCUGAGAAGAUCGGAGGUAGCUCUUAUCUGGAGGGAUGUCUAGCUUGUGCUACCGCUUAUUUCAUCUUCCUCUGCAUGGAGACACACUAUGAGAAGGUUUUGAAGAAAAUCUCAAAAUACAUCCAAGAGCAAAAUGAGAAGAUCUUCGCUCCCCGCGGUCUCCUAAUCACUGAUCCUGUUGAACGCGGAAUGCGCGUUAUCGAGAUCUCCAUCUACGAAGACCGGUGCAGCAGCGGCAGCAGCAGCAGCGGCAGCUCCAGCAGCCCCAGCAGCGGUGGAGUAGCCAGUCGUGCCCGAUGACUGGCAGAGAGUCCCUGCGGGGACCUGUACUGCCGAGACGAUGGCCUUUCUGAAAUACGAAGACUGCGAUAUCAGAGCACAAGGUUCUAACGCUACAUAGGAACUCCUUCUAGAGAGACAAUGGAGAGUUACAAUGUUUCCACUGACUUCCUUGGCAAGAAACUGAGUCAAGCAAAAAAACAACCAACCAACCAACCAACCAACGCACCUUUAUAACAAAGGCUUCCGUACCACCGUUCCACCCGCCAUGGAAUGGGCAAUCCGACUGCUUUAUAUUCUACUUUCUAUCUAUUUUUCAGAUAAAGCGAUUAUAGCUGCUACAUAAGAAAUGGCGCAUCGUCUCCAAACUCACAACCAAUGUUACUUUGUAGCUGUAACUGGGAUACACACAGGGGGGGACUGACAACUCAUGGGGCCCCCCGGGCAAGAGGAGAUUAUGGGGGCCCCUGGGCAAGAGGAGAUUAUGAUGGCCCCU